ACAAGAAAAGUGGGUUUCUUUGUAAAACUGUGAUUAGAUGAGUCGAGUGGGGCUGUGGGAGGUUUAAUUAGGUAAUAGUGUUAAGAAGGGCAGAGAAUAAGCCUUCCUCCCUCCUCCUCCUCCUCCUGCUCCUUUUUCAGAAAGGCUUUAUAACCGAGAAACCUCCAGCUGCUCCCAGUGUGGACUUUCAUGAUCUCCUGAGUUUACCGACUGAUGCCAGCGAGCAGGUAAACGCUGGGAAGAUGAUGAUGCUGUCCCUCAUCUUUACGGACUCUUAGAGGCAAAUUUAUCUUGAACAGUUUUUGCUUUGAUCCAGCUUCCACAUUUGGCCAUCUUUACUUUAUUUUUGAUAUUUCUACGAGUAGAGUUUGGAUUGUUGGUUUUUUUUUCACCUCUGCGGAGACAGUUUCCCUCUGCUCCUCUAACAUGUGUGUCCUCCCUCCGACGUGGCUGUGCCUGCUGCUCGGCCUCCUGCCUCUAGAGGUCCAGACCCGGGUUCUGACCGUAUGCAGAGCUCACACACACAGGUUGAGUUCAAGCCAAAUCUCUGAAUUCCCAAAGCCAUCCCACCCCGAAGUCUCACCGACACCGUCUGAUCUCUCUGACGGGAAUCAAAUCCCAGAAAAGGUCCAGAAUAUCUUCUGGAGAACCUCACUGAACAAGGAUACCUCACCAGAGCUCCUUGGCUCAUUGCUUUAUGGAAAUCACAAUCUGCUGCCACAGCGUGGGUCACGGGGUCGUCGCCACGCCAACGGCAGCGGUAUGAGGGGCCAGGGCCAACUGAUGAGGGUAGGCUGCGUUCUAGGCACCUGUCAGGUCCAGAAUCUCAGCCAUCGGCUCUAUCAGCUGAUUGGACAGAGCGGGAGGGAGGACUCCUCCCCCAUUAACCCAGGCAGUCCUCACAGCUACGGCUGAGAUCACACCUUAAAUCCAGCAGGAAGCUUCUAACGAGAACUUCACUCUCAGAGAUCGCCCUGCUCCUCUGAAGGUCUGUGAUAUGGAGUCACAAAUGUUAGUCCUGAAACUGACUUUUCUUUUAACAUUUGCGACUAUAAUUCUGACAGAGACUCCGUUUACCAACAAAUGUCUGGAAUAUUUGAAUGUGGCAACGCUCAAAACAAGAAACACAUAAAAAGCUCUGACUUCAACUGCUUUUCAGCUUGUAAGAAGGUUGUUUUUUUAUGGAGGAGAAACUAUUCAAAUAUCUGCUCACAGAUUAGAUUUGAUAACAUUAAACCAGAAGUUUGUAGUUAAUAUGAUGAACUUGAAGCUUCUUAAGAAGACAUUUUGAUGGUUUUCACGUGGUUUUCUGUGUAAAAGUUAUAAACAAUACCUCCCCUGACCCCUCUGCUUUCAAGGCGCGAGGGUCGUGACCUUAUUGAGAUCACUAACAAUAGUUUACUGCACUUUAUCAUUUUGCAUUACAAACAUUUAGGUUUUAAAUGAAUAAAACUGUAAAACAGACCAGCCUGUCUCAGACUGGCUGGCCCGUCUCACGUCUGCUGUUCAUCCUGCUGAUUGAACUGGUCUGAGCUCUGUGAUAAUCUAUUUAAACGUGCAUUCAUCUCCCCCUGCAAAAACAAGCAGCUUUAAGACCUACAGAAACCAAGAUUAGGCAUUCGAACCCAGACAAAUCCUUACCCAGAAGCCCACAGCAGAAACAAAUGCUAACCCAGUUCCUUUUACUGUAACUUCUUUCUACAAAGUGAAUGUUGACUAUCAAAUAUUUGUUUUUCGUUUAGCUCAUAUUUUUUGUCUAGUUUCUGUAGCUCUUGUUCAUAGGAAUGCAUAAAAGCACUUUAUUUGUCCUCACUUUCAGAAUGACUUGAAUUUUAAACAUGUUGUUUUGUGAAUUAAAGCUUUUUGCUGUGAAAACCCCACAAUAUCAAAUCUGUGCUUCUUCCUGGCUAAAUGUGCUUUUGCCAAACAAUUGUUGCAUUCAUAGCAAAGCUGUGUAAUAAAAUAGAUUUUACGUUGAGUCUGAAUGUGACCUUUACGAUUUGUUCCUCUCCGGGUUAUUGGUAACACAAUGAAACUGGGCUGCUGCGAGCCCAGAAACGUACAUCUAUUCAGCUCUGGAAACAAUCACAGCAACAGCUUCUCGGGUUGUUGUUAAAGAAAAGCCGUUAUUUCUGAUUCCCGCUGUUUGUGCGAGGGGUACUGUUCAGAUGCUUCUGUCUGAAUGUGUGUGUCAUGUGUGUCAUCAUUGUGAAAGUGGGAGAAACUUGGAUGAGUCACCAUGACCACAUAACUGCAAGUUUCUCAAAAGGAACAUAUCAUGACAAUUUUUUUCUAAAGUUAUAAUAAAACAUGUUUAUUAAGUUCUUAGCACUAAAUCCCUCUCACAUGAAGCAAUUUCAGCAGUUUUAUUGUUGACAGUUUCAGUGCCUUCCAGAAUGAGCCUUUUCAGGGCCCUGUUACUUUAAGAAAGCAUGCUGUAGUUGGCCACACACACCCAUCCCCCUGCUCAGGCUGCUAUAAGCUGAGAAGCUCUGAUAUCCAGGAGGGGCUUAAAGAAUUGCAGCUCCUCCAGCAGCAUCUCUCUCUUGCUUAGUUCUGUUUUAAUUUCCUCAUCUAUGACAUCACAAACAGGGACUUUUUAAAACAGCUUGUUUAGCACACAUAAUUGCUAAAAUCAAACUCUGACGGCAGAUGGUCGGAUUUUUCAAGCUUCAAGUGUUUGUGGAGGCAUAGAAACUCACGCGGCAGCAAAAAAGUACAGGAACGUACGUUUUGCAUAAUAUGUCCUCUUUCAACUAGAGAUUUUGUCAUUUGUGAUCAGGACAAACUGCUGCAGAAUUAUCAGUAAAGUUCAGUUUUUAUUUUAAGGAAGGAUAAAUAAUUCAUCCUCACACACACACGUAUG